CAAAAAGUCGUGGGAUUGAUCAUCACGAUGACUACUCCUUCAGGUUAUAUGAACAUGGCGGUUCCUGCUGUGAUCACCUGGUUGUUUAUCCGGCUUAGCAUUUUCAGUGAAGCUGUCCCUGAAUACCGAUACCAUGAUUGUCCAAACACAACCACUUUCACACCAAACAGUAUCUACCAAUCUAAUCUCAAUCAAGUCCUCUCUUCCCUCACAUCCAAUUCCACUCGCGACACCGGAUUCUACAACACCUCUAUUGGCCAAGACCCCGGAACAGUUGUUUAUGGCUUGUUUCUGUGCCGUGGCGACGUAACAAUAAAUAUGUGUCAAGAAUGUUUGACUACUGCAGCCAAAGAUUUAGUUGAGACAUAUUGUCCCAUAGAAAAGGUGGCUGUAAUAUGGUACGAUCAUUGUAUGGUACGCUACUCAAAUGAAUCUUUCUUUGGCAACAUGGUCCAAGAUCCUUCUAUUUCUCUGUACAACAUACAAGAUAUUUCCGAGCCAGUCCGGUUUAAUCAGCUGUUGCAAGUAUCAAUGAACGACUCCCGGACAAAGGCUGUGGAUGCUCCAACUGGGGCUAAAAGGUUUGGCACGAAAGAAGCAACCUUUACAUCGUCCGACACGCUGUACACCCUUGUCCAAUGCACGCCUGACCUGAACAGCUCUGAUUGUGAUAGAUGUCUUCGAGGAAUGAUUUCAGGUCUUAUGAGUUGUUGUUACGGAAAGCGUGGGGGAAAUGUUCUGAAUCCCAGUUGCAAUAUUAGAUACGAAAUCUACCCUUUUUACCAGCUUGCCGCUGCACCAACCCCAACACCGGGAUCAGAUGGACCAACACCGGGAUCAGAUGGAAAAAGUCAAAGCUCUACAACACUUAUAAUUUCCAUUACUGCUCCAGUUGCCUUUGUUUUGUUUCUUUCCUCUGUAGCAUUCUAUUUCCUAAGAAGAAGAGCAACGGACAAGUACAAGGCAAUACAAGAAAGAAACGAUGGGAAUGAAAUAACUACUGUAGAAUCGUUACAAUUGGAUUUGAGUACAAUUAAAGCAGCCACAAACAACUUCUCUGAUGGUAACAAAUUAGGUGAAGGUGGAUUUGGUGAGGUUUUCAAGGGAACACUUCCAAAUGGGCAACAUAUAGCAGCAAAGAGGCUUUCAGGAAGCUCUAGGCAAGGAGCAGAAGAAUUUAAGACAGAGGUUCUGUUAGUAGCUAAGCUUCAGCACAGAAAUCUGGCUAGGCUAUUGGGAUUUUGCCUAGAAGGAGAAGAAAAGAUUCUUGUUUACGAAUUUGUGCCCAACAAUAGCCUUGACCACUUCCUGUUUGGCCAUGAAAAACAAGGACGGUUGGAUUGGUCAAUCCGUUACAAAAUUAUUAAUGGUGUUGCUCGUGGGGUUCUUUAUCUUCAUGAAGAUUCUCGACUCAAAAUUAUACAUCGUGAUCUUAAAUCUAGCAACAUAUUGUUAGAUAAGGAAAUGAAUCCAAAAAUUUCAGACUUCGGGAUGGCAAGGAUAUUUGGAGUUGAUCAAACUCAUGCGAAUACCAGUAGAAUUGUUGGAACUUAUGGUUACAUGUCUCCAGAGUAUGCAUUUUAUGGACAGUUCUCCGUGAAGUCCGAUGUUUACAGUUUUGGUGUAUUAAUUUUGGAGAUUAUAACUGGCAAGAAGAAUAGCAGUUUUCUUCAAUCGGAUGGUGCCAUGGACCUCCUGAGCUAUGCUUGGAAACAUUGGACGGAUGGGACAAUAUUGGAGAUAUUAGAUCCGAGCCUUGGAAAUUCUUAUUCGAGAAAUGAAGUAAUCAGAUGUAUCCAAAUUGGCUUACUUUGUGUAGAGGAAGAUCCAGUGGACAGACCCACCAUGGCGACGGUAGUUCUCAUGUUAAGCAGUUACUCUGUCUCAUUGGCAUUACCUCGAAAACCAGCUUUUUUCCUUCGAACUCGAACUGACGGAGACAUGCCUUCAAUUGGGGUCGAAUCCGAUAACUCUACAAGCAAGUCUAAGUCAACUACUAUUAAUGAUAUGUCCAUUUCUGAAAUUUUUCCUCGAUAGGGUUAAUUUAUCAGUCAAGGAAUUGUCUAGUACGAUGAAUGCUUUGCUAAGUUGUUGUUAAAACUACUUUUUCUAUUGCAUUAGACAAGUGUUAGUUCUCAAAAGUAUUCUAAUCUUUUUUUUUAUAA